GAACCAUGAAGGAACUGCUCUAUGUAAGAACAAAAGCAUGGUGACUUCUGAAAAUUACAUCACCAAAUGAGGAACCCACAAGCAAGACAUAACUUCUACUUGGCGGCACCUGACUUGCUGGAUCCCAAAUCUGCCACUCAGAACUCCAAGCCCAGGCUGUCAUUUUCUACAAAGCCUACAGUGCUCUCUUCGCGGGAGGAAAGUGAUUCAACCAUUAAUGUUAUGAAAUGGAAGACAGUAUCAACAAUUUUUCUGGUAGUAGUUGUGUAUUUAAUAAUUGGAGCUACUGUCUUUAAAGCCCUGGAGCAGCCUCAUGAAACUUCUCAGAGAACCACCAUUGUGAUUCAGAAGCAGACGUUUGUUUCGCAGCAUUCCUGUGUGAAUGUAUCUGAGCUUGAUGAACUGAUUCAGCAAGUAGUGGCAGCAAUAAACGCAGGAAUCAUACCUGUAGGAAACACAUCUAAUCAAACCAGUCAUUGGGACUUGGGAAGUUCCUUCUUCUUUGCUGGCACUGUUAUUACCACCAUAGGCUUUGGAAACAUCUCACCACGUACAGAAGGUGGAAAGAUAUUCUGUAUCAUCUAUGCCUUACUGGGAAUUCCUCUGUUUGGUUUUCUGUUGGCUGGAGUUGGAGAUCAACUGGGAACCAUAUUUGGAAAAGGAAUUGCCAAAGUUGAAGAUACAUUUGUUAAAUGGAAUGUGAGUCAGACAAAGAUUCGCAUCAUAUCAACAAUAAUAUUUAUAUUGUUUGGCUGCGUACUGUUUGUUGCUCUUCCUGCGGUUAUAUUCAAGCACAUAGAAGACUGGGACACACUAGAUGCAAUUUAUUUUGUAGUUAUCACUUUAACUACCAUUGGAUUUGGUGACUAUGUUGCAGGUGGAUCAGAUAUUGAAUACCUUGAUUUCUACAAGCCAGUGGUUUGGUUUUGGAUCCUUGUAGGACUUGCUUACUUUGCGGCUGUUCUCAGCAUGAUUGGAGACUGGCUAAGAGUCAUAUCAAAAAAGACAAAGGAAGAGGUAGGAGAGUUCAGAGCUCAUGCUGCCGAAUGGACAGCCAAUGUCACAGCAGAGUUCAAAGAAACCCGCCGACGUUUAAGUGUAGAGAUUUAUGACAAGUUUCAACGGGCUACCUCCAUCAAAAGGAAGCUCUCUGCAGAACUUGCAGUCAACCACAGUCAAGAUCUGACUCCUUGCAAGAGAACCCUGUCCGUCAACCACCUAAGUAGUGAGAAGGACAUCUUGCCAGCUCUAACAAAGACUGACAGCAUUUAUAUGAAUGGUUUGACUCCUCACUGUGCAGCAGAAGAGAUUGCUGUUAUUGAAAACAUUAAAUAGCCAUGACUUUGGAUCCCAACCUGUGGAGAAACUCUUGCUUAGACUGGCCGUAUACUUCCUUUUUUUUCCUGUCCAUGACUGAUGCUAAUAGCAUUUUAUACAUGUGCAUGAGUUCAGCAGAAACCACAAUUCAGAAUCAUUAUCAUAUCUCAUCAAAAACACAAGAUAAAUGGCACUUCUAUUGUUGAUAGAUGGUGGAACAAGCAAUGUACAAUGCCUUUUGUGCCCAGACUGUUUUUCAUUUCUCCUAAUGUGCCAUAUGGCCUACAGAAUGGAUUAUACUUGUUUAUGUUAACAAUGUAGCUUUGAGGGAUCAGUCCUUAACUUUUCAGGGUCUACCUUACUGAGCCUAGGAAUGAACCAUUUAUGGACUACAGCAUAUUUGUAAAUGGCAAGAAAUUCUUAUGCAGCCUUUUACCUAAGAAAUUUUUGUCAGUGCCUUAUCUUUUGAAAAAACACAAAACAAAAAAAUCAGAACCUCUAUAACUCGUGUAUGGUUUUUGUUUGUUUGUUUGUUUGUUUUACAUGAGCAAUGUAUUUCUUUUGAAUGUCCAUCCUGCCUGAAAUCAUAAUGUUUUCAAGGUGUCUAUAACGAAGAUACCAGCAUUGGGUAUGGAGGCCAAAACUGAAAGCAACACUCCUAGCUUUAGCUUUAAAGGCACUGAAGUUAUAAGAGUUGCAGAAAUGCCCACUGAAAGUUUUUUUACUCAGGUCCUGAUGAUAUAUUAUAACCAGGCCUGUAGAAUUUGUGGAUCUACUUCAGAUCAUAUUUUUCAAGCAGUGUUCAGCAGUUUUAUCCUGCGUAAUAGAUGUACCAAAAAAUCUUCAUUUUUAUUGAUAACUAAAUUAUUUGGUAGAUGACAAGAGCAAAUAGAUAUUAAUAUUAUGUGGAAACAUCAUACUUUGAAUUGGUGCAUUCUAAUAAUCACAUUUGUGAAAACAAUACAGAAAAUACUAUCACAUUUUUAAUAGAUAUAAAGCUGCUGCCAGAUAGCUGCUCUUUGAAAAUAUUCUAAACUUUCUCUUUAAGACAAGUCACAUCAGAUGCCAUAUUAUAUUUUACACAGUUAUCUUGCCAGAGUGCUUUUCCAAAUGUCACAUUGCACAGCUGCUACCUGUGCUAGAGGUGUGACUAAUGUGGGAAUGCAUUUGAACCUGGUAUCACUGUGUCUUUGUACUUUAUAAAUACAGAUUUUUCUGAAUGCAAAUACAGACAUAAAAGAAAGCUGAUAAAUAGCACAAGCUGAAUACGGAUAAGUAUUCCACAAGGAUAGGCUGAUGAUAUGCAGAUUUGAAACCAGUCCACGGUGUUUCUCUAUUUUCUUUAAAGGGGAAAAAACCCAUUGUCUUUAAUUCUGUAUCCUUUGCUCUUUUGUUUAUAGUUGUGUGUGAGAGUCAGAAGGAAUACAGGGCGAACAUGUGGAAUGGGUCAUUUUGGGUUUUUUAAUUCUUUUUCUUAUUUUAGUCUAUUGUAACCUGGCUGUACAUAAAAUGACUAUAUCAGGCCCUAAAAGAAUAAUUUAGGCUCUGUGUAAAUUAAAGAAUAAAACAAUACUUUGUUGAUUGGGCAUGAUUCAAAUGGCAAAUCUUAUAGCAUCUCUGAUCAUUUAAUAACAUACUUACAAAAUAUAAAUGUCAAUGUUUUGGAUGCUUAAGCUUGUUUUCUAAUGAAUAUAAAUUACGAGUGUAAAUAUCUAUGAAUUAGCAUUUACAGACACUAUGCUUUUACAAGGAGGGACAUUCUAUG